AUGGAGUGGAAUUGGAAAGUGUCGUUUUCACAGAUCAGUGAUGUGCUAGUGCUGGGAAAGACGUCUCAUUGUCCGCUGAAAGCUGCCAGUCUUAUUGUUUUCUUUUUGGUCAACCCUCGUCCACUUCGCUUUUCUAGAUGACUUCUUGGAAGACCAGUGUUUAAAAGUUCAUUGCAGAUUUCAUUAAUUCUUAGAGUCUUGUACACCAAUAACAUUUACCUUGUCCGCUUUCAGAUAAUUGCGAUUAAUGGUAUAUCGUUAGUAGGCCUUCCUCUUGCUUCUGCGCAGCAAAAUAUCAAGGCGGCAAAAACUUCUACUGCCGUCAGGUUAACGGUCGUGUCAACGCCACCGGUGGUUGAAGUGAGGAUCAAACGGCCGGACACGAAGUAUCAGCUCGGUUUUAGUGUGCAGAAUGGAGUUGUAAGUUUUAUCCUUAGCGUUGGCGUAUUGCUUAUUUCUCUUAAACAGCACUAG